GGCCGCGCGCUGUCUUCCUCCAGCGCCUCGCGGCGGCCCGCCGAUCACACGGCUGUUCCUGGAGAGGCCGGGGUGCCCGCCUUUGCCCGCUGACGAAAGUCCAGUCUCAGAAGCCUCGAGAGCAGCGGUGCUGGGAGGCUCGGCCCGCUUGAGCACACAAGUCCGCCCAGUGGCUAAUGCUGUUUGCUACUAAUGGGUGUGAGCAAAUUAGACGUUCUCUACCGGAGACUUCUCCUCACCAAACUUUUUAUUAGAGGAUGGGGAAGGCCAGAGCACCUCAAAAGACUUUUCGAAUUCAGGAAGGUGAUUGGAAACCGAGAAAGAUGCCAGAAUCUGGUUUCAAGCGAUUAUCCUGUGUACAUUGAUAAGAUUGAAGAACAGUCUGACUGUAAGAUCCUGGAUGGACACUUUGUUUCCCCAAUGGCGCAUUAUGUACCUGAUAUUAUGCCAAUUGAAUCUGUUAUUGCAAGGUUCCAAUUUAUUGUGCCUAAAGAAUGGAACAACAAAUACAGACCUGUGUGUAUUCAUCUUGCGGGAACAGGAGAUCAUCAUUACUGGAGGAGACGAACACUAAUGGCCCGUCCCAUGAUUAAAGAGGCCCGAAUGGCUUCACUGUUGUUAGAAAACCCUUAUUAUGGCUGCAGGAAACCCAAGGACCAAGUGAGGUCCAGCUUAAAAAAUGUGUCUGACCUUUUUGUGAUGGGAGGAGCUCUUGUUUUAGAAUCUGCAGCUCUCUUGCACUGGCUAGAGCGGGAAGGCUAUGGACCUUUAGGAAUGACCGGAAUAUCCAUGGGUGGACACAUGGCCUCCUUAGCAGUAUCCAACUGGCCUAAGCCCAUGCCAUUGAUUCCGUGUCUGUCUUGGUCCACAGCAUCUGGAGUGUUUACUACGGGAGUAUUGAGUAAAUCAGUUAAUUGGAGGGAGCUGGAGAAGCAAUAUUACACACAGACGGUUUAUGAAGAAGAAAUUAUUCACAUGCUUGAGUACUGUGGAACAGAUUCUUUCAAAAUGGGACAAGAGUUUGUGAAACACUUCCCAAGCAGUGCAGACAAGUUGGUUUCCAGGAGUUUAAAUUUAGAUAUGACAAACCAAGUUGUGUCCCAGCAACCUGCUGAGUGCCAAACCUCUAGUAACACACCUAUCAGUGCUACGUCAGAAGGACUUUUGUUGCAAGAUGCCUCUAAGAUACACUGCCUGAAUCGAACACUUUCAGCUGACAAAAAUAAUUAUACAAGGUACAGCCCUCAGUCAUACCAGGUCCUCAGCAAAGAACAAAGAAGAAAUAAUCUUCAAAGAGAAUCUUUAAUAUUUAUGAAAGGAGUCAUGGAUGAAUGUACUCACGUAGCAAAUUUCUCAGUUCCAGUUGACCCAAGCCUCAUUAUAGUGGUACAAGCCAAAGAAGAUGCCUAUAUUCCACGAACAGGAGUUCGAAGUCUACAAGAAAUCUGGCCUGGUUGUGAAAUCCGCUAUCUAGAAGGGGGUCAUAUUAGCGCUUACCUUUUUAAACAAGGACUCUUCAGACAAGCCAUCUAUGAUGCAUUUGAACGCUUCCUUCAUAAAUAUGCUACCUAACUGGAUUGCUGUAGUACAGUAAUAACCGGUGCAGCCAUUGUGUUUCUUACAAAAGGAAUUUUCAUCCUGUGAUGAUGUGAAGAACCAGCAAACAGCACUAUAUAUCUAAUUUCUACCAGUUUGAUCUGGAAUUCAGUGUUAUAGAUCAGUCAGUAAACUUUAAAUACAUAUCGAUACUUUAAAAACAAUAUCCAAAUUAAAUAAUUUAAAGUAUUUUGCUAUUACUUUGUGGGAGCCCCAUUACUUAAUAUCUAGCUUGUUAUGAUAUUUAUAAAAAUAUUUUAAAUUGAGUAAUUUAUUAAUUUAAAAUAAUUUUAUUCAUUGGAAAUCCUCUUGGUUUUUAAUGGAAUUUCUAAAACAAAAUUGUAAUAUAUCAGCCUGUACUGUAUACCCUCAUGAUAUUUCUGCGAACUUGAUUGGAGAAAUAUGUGUAUUUUUUUGAAUGCAUGGUGAGUUUAUAGUCUUGUUUUCAAUUCAAUUGCAGUUUAAUUUUCAGCCAUAGAAAUUACUUAUGUAUAAAAUCACUGUCAAAUUUGAAUUCUAAAAAUCCUGAUGAUUUUGUAGAUAAGUACUUUUAAUAAUUAAAAUGAAUGUUGAACUACAGAUCAGAUCAGAUGAAUUAGACUAAACUGAACUUUAAAUUUUUACUGAAGAUUAGAGUUCUAAAAAUGCCAAACAUUUCUCCUACUUGAGAAAUUUCAAGUCAUGAAAAAUGGAAAUAGCAAAAGACCUACGGCAUUGACUGAUGGUUCUGCGUCUAACAUUUUUCUGUACAAACUUACUCUUCACUUACUCUUACACUUCAGUUACUCACACUUUCUGACUUUGUAGCUCAAGUACUUGACAGCUUUGCCUUUUAAUUUCAAAAUACCACCUAUGAAUUCGACUUGUCAACCAGGGAUAGUGGUGCACACCCGUAAUCUCAGUGUUUGAGAGGCUGAGGCAGGAGGAUUGCAGUGAGUUCAAGGCCAGCCUAGGCCACUUACAGAGUUCAAGGCCAGCCUAAACUGCAAAGCAAAACCCUGUCUCAGGAAAAAAAAAAAAAGAAUGAAAAGGAAUUGAAUUGUCCCAUAUACAGUUUUACAGACAGACUUAAAGUUUUAUAUACCAACUAUAACUUUUUUAAUGAGAAGUUAUAUGGUUAAAUGUGGUGCUUUGUUUUUUCAGGCUUUUUCAUGUUUUGUUGGGUUUUUUGGAGACAUGAUGUCCCUAUGUUGUCCGUGCUGGUCUCAAAGUUCUGAUCCUUCUCCCUCAGCCUCCCAAAUGCUGGGACUAUAAGUAUGUGCUGUCAUACCCAGUUCUUAGUGUUUUCUUUUUAUGUUAAACUUCUCCAGCUGAGAGUCAAAGUAUUAAAUUUUUUUAGGUAUUGUGUGGAGGUUUGGAGUAAGUGUAUCUGAGGGUUUUUUUUUUUAUCUGCAUUGUCCAUGAAUUAUUUUAUAAUAGUAGUUUUUGCUUAGUAAGGAUAAAAUAGUUUAUAAUGUGCCUCUACAGCCUUUUAAAAGAUUUUGUAACUUUAAUGCCUUCAUCUUAAUUUUUAUAACCAUUUAAAAUUAGGCGGGCAUACUGGUGCAUCUCUAUAAUCUCAGCACUCAGGAGGCUGAGGCAGGAAGACUACCAUGAGUUCAAGGCCACCCUGAACUAUAUAUUGAGACCUGUCUCAAGAAAAAAAAUUAAAAAUUAAAUUAUUAAUGUAACAUCUUUGAUGGCGUACAAAAUAGUAACCUCUUUAAAACUAUCAUAACAUAACAAACACUGAACAGUUUUAGAGCUAAUACAGUGUUACAUGUAACACAGCACAAACAGAACCUUUAGUUUUAACUGCCAAGUAUAAAAUCUACUCACAUUCUUCCUACCAAAUACCCCAUAAUGAUAAAAGUUACUGGCAAAUGAAUUGCAGUGGCUUUUUAUCUCAUAUAUAUAAUGAAACAUGAUUGAAUGCUUUCUGAACCAUAACUUUAGUAACUAAUUUUUUUUUUUUUUUUUUUGUAACACAAGGGUCUCACUAUGCAGUUCAGGCUGACCUUGAAUUCAUUUAUGUAGCCCAGGGUGGCCUCAAACUGCGGUGAUUCUUCUGCCUUAGCCUCUGGAGUGCUGGGAUUAUAGGCAUGUGCCACCAUCCCCUGCUGCACAAUGACUUUAGGAAAACCAAUAGAUUAUUCUUUUUCAUAUAAAUAUUUCUUACUAAGCAAUUAAUACUAUUGUGUGUGGUUUUCUGUUGGUGAAAGAAUGGAAUUUCAAUACAAGUUUUUGGGGUGUUUUGUUUUGUUUUGGAGACAGACUCUUACUUUGUAGUGUAGGGUGUCCUUGAACUCCUCUGUAGCCCUGGCUGGUCCUGAACUCAUGGCAGACCUCCUGCCUCAGCCUUCCAAGUGCUAAGAUCAUAGGUGUGUGCUGCCAUACCCGGUCUCCAAUACAGUUUCAAUAAUUAAUUUUUCCCAAAUGUGAAAGACUAUUUUUUUUUUUUUCAGGAACAGGAAUUGAUUUCAACCCUUUUUUUGUUUCCCAAUUAUAAUUUUGAGGCAAAGCAUCUUGUUAUGUUGACCAGACUGGCCUGAAUUUGCCUUAGCCCCCAAGUAGAUGGGAUUAUGGGCAUGCACCAUGCAGCCCACAUGUAGCCCAAUAUGUCAUUUCUUACCCUGAUAUUUUAAGAAUAUAUUCCCAAACCAAGCAUGUUGGUACAUACCUGUAAUACUAGCACUUGGGAGCUUAGGCAGGAAGAUCCCCCACAAAUUUGAGGUCAACCUGGCCUGGGCUAUGUAGUGAGCCCACGACCAGCUCGCUCGUAUUAAAAAGCAAGACUGUCCUAGAAACAAAAAAAUAAUAUAUUCACAAAACGACCUAAAUUGUUAAUUCAAAGAGCAAAAUACCUUUUCUCAAUUUUUAAAAAUCUACUUCUCCUGGGAACCAGGCAGGUUUUACAUGCUUCCAGUCUCAGCAUUUAGGAGCUUGAGGCAGGAGGAUCCAGAAAGUUCAAGGCCAGCCUGGACUAUCUAGUGAGUUAAAAACCAUCCUGAGCUACAUAGUGAGACCCUGUUUCAGUCAGUCAGUCAGUCAGUCAGGCCGUCAAGCAAGCAAGCAAGCUAGUUCCUCUAAAAUAGUGGCUGAAGUGUUUCUGAAAUUCAUACACACAUAUACAAACAUGCAAAUACAUGUAUAUUGAGAAUAUGGAUUCACAGAGAAGUGCUAUCUGCAAUGCUUUUACCCUUUAGAGAAUUAGGUAUAUGACAUGCUAAAAGUUAGAGCUGUAAAUUGGUAGUUCACACAGAAUAGUCUGACUUAAUAGCUGUUUUACUUGGUAUACUUAAUGAUGUAUUUUGUAAGUAUAUUUAGCCACACUUGGUGGCACAUGCCUGUAAGCCCAGAAUUCUGGAGACUGAGACAAGAAGAUUGCUGCAAGCUUGAGGCCAGCUUGAACUACAUACAUAGCAAGAUCCUGUCUCGAAAAAAAAGAAGUUUAAAUUUGAAAAAUCUUGCUGGGCAUGGUGGCACAUGCCUGUAAUUCUAGCACUCGAGAGAUUAACGCAGGAGGAUCAUUGAGAGUUCAAGACCAGGCUGGGCUACAAAGUGAGCUCAAGGCCACUUUGCACACAGCAAGACUCUGUCACAAAAACUAAACAAAACAACAACAAAAAAAAAAUGGACAACUCUUUAGGCUGGGCAUAGAUUCCCAGGUUUGCCCCUGGAUUCCCUCUAUUAUCAGACUGCUUCUCCAUUUUCUUCCUACUUAACAUUGAAGGCAUCUAAUUUUGAGAUCUCUGAUUUUGAUGUAUGGUUAGGAAACAUUUGUGAAUGUUAUGAUUUGCUAAUGCUGUAUUACUGUCAAUCAUUCUUUAAACCACUUUAUCAUAUGCAUUUUAGAUUGUUAUGAUAUACCCUUUGAAUGGUGCUUUUUAUACAGAUUACUGAAUUUUUAAUAAUGUAAGAUUUUUUGUAAGAUUUUUAAAUACUCUAAAUAUUUUGUUUUAUAAUAAAAGUUUAUUGAAACACUUAA